CGGCGACCCCGUACAAUUAGAGAUACUAACUGCUUUUCUGGUCCAUCACAAAGAAGCGCAGUUGCUGUUGUACUGUCAUGGUGAGCUAGAGCCAAGGGGUACGUCGGGUUUAAGAAGAAUAAUUAAUGAGAAAGGGAGGAAGGGAAUUCUAGAGCCAGAGGAAGAAGGGAAGAAGGAGCUCCGACGGUGCGAGCGAGCCCGCACUACGCAUCCUCGACGACAGCCCCGAACGACCCACGCCAACAUUCUGCCUUUGUCUUCAUCGACAGGGGACGGAAUCCUAGCGCCAACAAUGCAUCUCUAACGCGAAUGCGCGGGAGGCGUUCCCGAAGACUCGACGUGUGUGAACGAAGUAGAAUGGGCAACGCCUUCCGGCCCCCGUCGCCGGCGCCGUUUGUAGUCGUUACGGAGGCGGCGACGGUCCGGGAACGCCAACGGGAUUGCGUCCGGCAAGACACCGAGCGAGCGAUGCGCCGGCUGACAUCUGCUGCUGCGGACUCUAUUACUUUUCAAGGCACAGCCGGCUUCCGCAAGAUCCAGCAGACCUGCGCCGUCGCGUUCCACCGCGACAAGCUGGAAUACGCAUGGGUCGACUCGUGCUGCAUCGACAAGACGAGCAGCGCCGAGCUGACCGAGGCCAUAAACUCCAUGUUUGCCUGGUACCGCGACGCCGCCGUGUGCUACGUCUUUUUGGCCGAUCUAGAGCCCGGAACGGAAGAAGACCUGCAACGGAAUCUGCCUGGUUGUCGGUAUUUUACCCGUGGCUGGACGUUGCAGGAACUGAUCGCGCCGCGGGUGGUGGCCUUCUUCGACAAAGGAUGGAAUAUCAGGGGCUCCAAGACCCUCCUGUCUGGAUUGAUCAGUUUAUCGAACUAUGCGGUCGCGAGGAGGAUGUCGUGGGCCUCUAGGCGGGAGCCGACGCGGGUGGAGGAUAUGGCCUAUUGUCUGCUGGGCAUAUUCGCUGUUAACAUGUCGCUUAUCUACGGCGAGGGCAUCAAGGCGUUUACCCGGCUGCAGACGACUAUCAUUCAGAGCACGGCAGACCUGAGCAUCUUUGUGUGGAAGGAUGACGGCGCUACGCGGCGGGAGUAUUCGGGCGUGCUGGCCCAGUCGCCCCGCCAGUUUGCCGGCUGUGGCGACGUCGAGUUGCUCCCCGGAAACUCGGCCCACGCGGACGUUUCUAUCACGACUCGCGGUAUCCAGACCGAGGCCAGUCUGCGGUUGAUCUUAAGAUGGAAUGGGCGCGGGGAGACGUCCGUGCUUGAGACAUUUUGUUACGUGGAUGGUCACAUAACGCUAUGUCCUUUCCGGCUUGGCUCCGACCCUGUGGUCGGUAACCGAUACUCGGCACUCCAGGUUAAUUGGGGGUCAUUCAAGGGUGUCAGGUGCAGGAUCCCUUCAAGCCCAGUGGUGCUGGCGCGACUGGAUGACCGGAGCCACGCGGCAACGAUGCUGCUGGAGUCGCAGCUGGCGUGCAUAGGCUUUGAGGGCUCCCAGCAGGCUGAGUCCAUCGUGAGAGACCUUUUUGGCGACACGAUAAAGGGUGAAGACAUCUACACCGAGUUUGGACUUGUCAAAUACUGUCGAAAUUUUCGAGGACCAAACAAGUUGAAACCGGACGCCGGAAUGGCCCAACGCCGUCAGGGGCUGCGGGCCUUUCCGACACUACGCAUCCGCCAGGAGGCGCAGCCGGACGUUUGCGUCAAUCCAAUCACUCUCCUGGAGUACUCGCGGCCGGAAAACGUCUCUGGGCCUGCGGGAGACUUCCUCCCGGAGUUUCUCAAGGCAAGCGGGAGUGCCAUUCUCGAUGGGAAAAGUUAUAAUUGGAAAGUCCUCUUCUAUUAAGCAGUAAGAGUGGGAUGACAAUAUUACUCGACUGGGCGGUGUGGACUGCAAUGCUCCUGGCUUUAGCUCUACGCAGUGGAUGAAAGGAACGACUGUUGCACCCGUAAUGCCAUGUAGUUUGAGGAAGAAGCAAAAACAUCUGGCUGUUGACAUGGAUAAUAAGAAUGAAUUCCUGGGAGGGGGUAGCUUGAGGUCCGGAUGCUCCGCAUCGCCAGCCGAUUUCUGCGGAGCCGAGAGCUCGGCGCCGGUUCGGGUGAG